AUGACCACGUUCGUGCCGCUAUCGCCGGACACAGAGGGAGCGGUCAGCUCCGCCGCGCUCGGCGACUGGAUCCUGUCCAUCAUCAAGGUCCGCGAGCCCUCAAAAACGGCGGACUACUACUCCAAGCUGCUUAACCAGUUCCAGGAGGUAGAUGGCGAGCAGGUCAUCAAGGAUUCCUUCCAGCUGUUCGAGCUGCUGCUCAGCGGGAACGAGAUGGUGUUCGCCUUCCUGGACGACGCGAUGAAGGGUGAAACUACCGUUAUCGCAAUCGACCCGAACACCAAGGAGGAGGUGGAGCUCCAAGUGAAAUACAACGAUGCGCUCAAGCAGGUCGAGGAGUACUUCACGGUGCUCAUGUAUAUGCUCCAGCUGAGGUUCACCAGCAACGCGCAAAUCGAGAAGGCUGGCAAUCUGCUGCUCAAGGCCAUCGCCGUAGACGACUCGUGCGCCGAGCUCAGGCUGAGGCUGCUGCAGAUGCUCUACAACAGCGUGGACGCAACGCUUCCGCUCAGGGUGGUGGUAUACACCACCCUGCUUGAGUUCGCCGCCAGAAACGACAUCUUCCACACGCUCAUCCCGGUGAUACAGAAGCUCGACGACUGGAUGAAGGACUGGGCGCUGGACAACAGCACCAAGAUCCACAUCUGCCGCAUCAUCUCGGAACAGCUCGACAAGAUGGGCAAGACGGACAUGGCAUACAAGUACUGGGAGAAGCGUAUCGAGUGUUGCGACACCAUCGCGAUGCUGACGCCCGAAAACAUCGACGCCGCCGCGCACUUCUGCAUCAGGAGCAUCAAGGCGCCCGACGUGCUCUACUUCGACAGGCUCCGCAUGAUGCCGGCCAUGGAGCACCUCGGCCGCACGAAAUACGCGGUCCUCAAGGAGCUGCUUGACCUCCUGGUCGAGGGCAACAACGACGACCUCGAGGCCAUUGUCGCCAAGCACGGCGAGGAGAACUUGGAGGCCCUGGGCGUGCCCAUCGACAUCUGCCGCUGGAAGAUCCAGCUGCUCACGCUGGCGACCAUAUGCCAGAACGAGCCGCACGUACCAAUCGCACGGGUGCAGCAGAAGCUGCGCCUAACCAGGGAGCAAGUCGAGGAGCUCGUCGUCACGGCCAUCACGAAGGGUGUCAUCGACGGCCUCAUCGACCAGAAGAGCGAACAGAUCAUCAUCCGGUCGGUGAUGCAGAGGCAUUUCGGGGCCCAGCAGCUCAAGCAGCUGCACUCUAACCUGGUGCAGUGGAAGGACUGCAUCACCAACCUCAUGGCCGUUCUGGGUAACCACAACUGA